AUGUCCGACUCGGAACCAGUUAGUUUGGAAUUUAUUGAAGAUCCAUAUAUACCUCGCCUAGAAGAUGCUACACCAUCUCUGGAUAUAGAUGGUGCCAACUGUUGCGAUUGGAAUCAUCCAUCAUCAUUGUCCGCUAAUCUUGCCGUUGAUGAUGCUGAAACCGAUUUGUAUUUACGCAAUCUUACCUUAGAUCAAAUAUUCUACGAUGUCGAUUCCGAUUACAGCAAUCAGCUGGAAUUACAAACCGUGGAAACCGAAUUUAUUAUCUCAAAAUUAGCCAAUCAAAGUCCUUCAAUGUCAAUAGCGAAGCGAUUUCGUUUGAAAUUUUUCACCACCAAACGGACAAUGCGUGAUGUCAAAGUGACAUUUGUGGAUUUUUCAAAACCGUAUAUAGCGAAAAUUUCUAGUAGUGAAAAUUAUAAAAAGUUCCUUAAUAUUGGAUCACCAUCAUCAUCCUGUGAGUUUGAUAACACUGGAAAUACUUCACCUGCAGCAUCGGUUGCAUCAGCUGAUAUUGCUGCCGAAUUUGCAGCAUUAACAGUUGAAGAACAAGAGAGACAAAGAGCUGAAUGGAGUCAAGAAUUGGCUCGUGUCGAAGAAGAAAUCAAUACGCUACGCACUGUAUUGGCUUCAAAAACACGCCAUGCUUCGGACUUAAAACGUAAAUUGGGCAUUACCGUUUGGAAGGAAAUUACCGAUGACAUGAAUCAGGGCAUUAAAUCGGUUAAAGAAAGUUCAGUUUUUCAAUCAGUUGAACAAAGUGUUGGUAAUUUCACAAAGGCAGUACAUGAUGCCCCCAUUUUCCAACGUACCGAGUCUGUUUUGAAGACCACAUCGGAGAAAACUGCAUCGGUCUUUGGUAGCAUUACCAGUGGCAUUACUUCGAAAUUUUCCCAAAUGAAAAAUUCCGAAUCGAUGCGAUCGAUUGAAGAGAAAGUUGGCUCAGCCUAUGAGAAUGUUAAAGUAAGCUAUGAACACAACAAUUUUUUGUGCCAAUCUCAUGCGACAAAAGUGUCUACUUCUCGUUCUGGAUCGGUUAGCAGUUUCCCGGAUGCUCUCAAUGAAAAUAACUCACCAACUGGUGGAUUGAACUCACCUUAAAA